AACAGUUUUUCUCUCACGGAAUCUUCCGUCGGUUUCAGGAGCUGGUUUUACCGGUGAUGGAGGCCAGCGUGCGGUUCGCGAAGAAGAUUCCAGGGUUCACGUCGUUCGCCAUGCGAGAUCAGAUUAUGUUGAUGAAAAGGAAUGGAUUUAUGGUUGUACAUUUGGCGGUGAGUAGUUCUCCGGCUUGGCUCUCUAUUCUUUAGUAAAUUUGAGUUUUGCAAUCACUGGUCCUUCAGCUGGUGAAUGUAGCAUGUGGACUUUUUAACUUUUGGCAACUUUUGGGGUGACAUAAUUAAUUACUAUUACUAUUGCCAAUUGCUCUAAACAUGUAAUAUGAAAUCAUUCUUUAAUAAAAACUUUAAUAAUGUCAACACAUAAGUAAUAGGAUCUCUGAUUAUGGAUGCAUUCAUAUUUAAAAUUUUUACAAAUAAUCUUGAUGGCUUAGCUGUUGGUCAUCACUGAAUCAAUAUUAAUAUUAAUAUACUAAUAUUAUGGGCUGUUAUUUAGCAUCACUGAAUUAAUAUGAAUAUGGACUGUUAUUUAGUCAGUAUUAUACUAUACCAGUACCAGUGUGUGCUUGGGGAGGGGAUAUGUUGAAGUGUUGAACUUCAUGGGAAAAGCUGCUAGUGUUACUUUUGUUUCUUACUCGAUUCAAAAGUAUGCAUAGCUACCUAGGAAAACAUGUAAAAGUAAGUUUAUAAUAUAAAUAAAGUAGGGACUGGUCCUAAUCUGACUUGUUCAAAUGAUUUGAUAUCCCCACUUACUUACUUAUGCCUUUUACUUUUACCCCACCUGGGGCAUAGGCGUUUUACCCCACCUGGGUCAUAUGCCUUUUACCCCACCUUGGGCAUAGGCAAUCUACAAGAAUUUUCCAUUCAUCUCAGUCCUGUGCUUUCCUUUUCAUUUGCUUCCAGGUGUAUCCUGUACUUUGUGUGUCUGCCCCAAGCUCGCGUCUCCAUGUAUUCUUUGGCCUUCCUCUCUUUCUUUUUCACUGUGGAUUCCAAUUCCAUAUUCAGGGAUUGCAUGGUGAUGUUAUCUGGGGGUUUAUGUAAAGUGUGCCCUAUCAUUAUCAAGCUCCAUCUUUUCCUUAUGAUGUCUUCAGCAAAAGGCUCUUAGUAUGUCCUUCCAUUUUGUCUUUGCUGGUGAUGAUUUUUGACCAUUUGAUGUUCAGGAUCUUUGCUAUCACUAAUAAGUUGUAAUGCUAUUGUACAAUUAUUUCAUAAUUGUCUCAACAGCUCCACUCACUCGUGAGUCCAAGCUUUAUCCAGCUGGACACCAGGGAGGGCUGUUUGCGAGUGAGAAGAAAUUCCUACUACAUCUGUGAACAAAUGACCCGCCUUC